CUAAUCAUACAGUACUUAUUCUUUCUCCAAGGGGCAUUGCUGAAAUUUCUUCAUCCCGCUCUACCAAGUGUUGUCUCUGGUGCUACUGAAGGGCCAUCAACAUCGUCUUCGUCACAUGUUUAUGAGGAGGAGCAAGUGGAAGACAACAUUGCGGCGUCCACACCACUUCCCAGCAGUGGUUCAACAGAAGCAGUGCCAUCAACUCCAUCACGACUUGAGGAGGAGCAAGUGGAAGCAUCCACACCACUUCCCAGCAGUGGUUCAACAGAAGUGCCAUCAACUCCAUCUCCACUUCAUGAGGAGGACAAAGAGGAAGAUGACAUUGACAUGGCAGAGACCACCCCACCAUCCAGAACUGGGGUACCUGUAGGUAUUGCAAGCACCACAUUAAGUGAUGACCCAGGAUGUUGGCCCAGUGUCCUAACAAGCAGUAUGCGCUGUGAAAUAGUCAAAAAAGGACCUGUGCAAAUCAUGGACAUUGAAUUCCCGCAAAACUUAGACAAUCCUCCUCGAAGAUUCACCAAGGACAGUUACAAAAGAACCAUGAAAAAUGGUGAGAAUAUACAUCGAUCGUGGCUGGUGUAUUCCAUCCACACAGAUGGAGUGUUCUGUUUCCCUUGUACUGUUUUCGGGAAGCGUGAGCGUGACAAUGCCUUAACGACCUGUGGCUACGGUGGAUGGAAGAACCUUUCCUAUCGCCUAAAAAAACACGAGUGCACAAAGGUGCACUGUGACAAUGUGAAAAAGUGGCACGACCUUCAGAGGAGACUGCAAACCAGUACACUGAUUGAUCAAAGACAGAUGGAGUUGAUGCAACUUGAAGUUGAACACUGGAAAGGCGUGAUUCGGAGAGUGAUUGCCAUAGUUUCCCAUCUGGCAGAACGCAACCAGGCUUUGAGAGGAACUACCAGUACCGUGUAUGAUCGCCACAAUGGGAAUUUUCUGGCUCAAGUGGAACUCCUAGCACAGUUUGAUCCGGUAAUGAAUGAACACAUCAGACGAAUACAAUGCAAAGAGACAAAGGUGCAUUACCUGAGUGGAGUCAUUCAGAACGAAAUCAUUCAGCUGGUCGGAGACAAAAUCCUACAGGAGAUUGCAAGAAGAGUGCACAAAGCAAAAUACUUCUCCGUGAUCAUGGAUUGCACUCCUGACAUCAGCCACAAGGAACAACUUUCUGUUGUUCUCAGGAUUGUCAACUGUGAAACACCUGUUUCUAUUGCUGAGCAUUUUUUGGGAUUUGUACAUGUUGAAGACACAACUGGUAAAGGGCUCAGUGAAAUCCUGCUUGACCAGUUGGAGAAGCACAACCUCAGCAUUUCAGAUUGCCGUGGGCAGUCAUACGACAAUGGCAGCAAUAUGAUGGGCCACAAACAGGGUGUGCAGGCAAGAAUUUUAGAGCUGAACAACAAGGCGCUAUGCAUCCCAUGCAGCAGUCACACACUAAAUCUGGUUGUGUCAGAUGCUGCCAAGUCUUCAGUGUUGUCCAUGUCUUUUUUUGGUAUGCUGCAACGACUGUACAACCUUUUCAGUUCCUCUGUGCACCGCUGGGCAAUUUUGAAGCAGCAUGUGAAGCAGCUCACCCUUAAGCCACUUUCAGGGACGAGAUGGGAGGCCCGAAUUGACAGUGUGAAGGUAGUGCGGUACCAUCUACCUGAAAUACUAGACGGACUGUCAGCACUGGAGACAUAUGCUACAGAGAAGGGGGACUCAGAGACCAUGUCCUCAGCAAAAAGCUUACAUGGUGAGCUUAAAACAUGGUCCUUUCUUCUGUGCACAAUAACCUGGUACAACGUUUUGUAUCAGGUUAACCAUAUGAGCAAGCUCCUCCAGAGCCCGGAUGUUUCAAUGCAAACACUGAAAAAAGAAACCGAGGGAGUGACAGAGUACCUAGAAGAUUUCAGGGAAAAUGGACUCGCAUCAAGCCAAACGGAUGCAAUGGAGAUUGCAGAAGAUCUGGAAAUUGAGAGGAAAUUGCCUGAGAAAAGGCAACGUAAAAAGAAAAGGCAGUUCCUUUACGAGAGUACAGAUGAAACCCAAUCGACCCCAGAAGAGGCCUUCAGAAGGGACUUCUUCCUGCCUUUGGUUGACACUGCCAUCACCAGCCUAAAAGACAGAUUUUCCAGACUGGAGGGGGUGUAUGCCCUGUACGACUUCCUGUUCAGCAUUGAUAUCAUGAGGGCCACAAUCAAGACUGGGAAAUUGCAUGAGAGAUGCAGGAAAGUGGAACAAACCCUCCAUGAUAUUGAUGCAGACGACUUGGCAUUGGAGAUCAACUCUGCUGUCCACACCUUUCCAGAUGAAGUAUCCAGGUGCCCAUUUAAAAUGCUGGACUACAUAUACAGUGAGAAGCUGUUGGACCUGUACAGCAAUUUAAGCAUUGCACUGCGCCUACUUCUGACCCUUCCUGUCUCGGUUGCCUCCGGAGAGAGGAGCUUUUCAUCUCUGAAGCGCAUAAAGAAUUACAUGAGGUCAACUAUGAGCCAAGAGAGGCUCUCUGGACUGGCACUCAUGUCAAUUGAGAGUGACGUCCGCAGGUCUUUGGACUUGGAGGGGAUUGUGUCUGCAUUUGCUGAGGCCAAGGGCCGCAAGCAGCAGUUUCAGUAGGAAAUAAAAAAAAUAAUAAAGGCUACUUUUCAGUGUAUGUUUGACCUCUUUUGUGAUUAAAACGCACAGAAUUGCGGAAAUUUUUUUUUUAAAGGCCCCCAACAACUUCUUUGCCUAGGGCCCCCAAAAUCCUAGAAACGGGCC